GUUUAUAGAACCUUUUCUAGGGGAUUAAGGAAGGAUGGUGAACCUGCACAAUCUGUGGAUCGCCUGGCUCGCGCUCUUCUGCACGGAAGUGUGUGUGCGCUCGCUGGAAGUGACGGUGAGCCAGAGCAGCAUCCAGGUGGCACGAGGCCAGGCGGCCGUCCUGCCCUGCACCUUCACCACCAGCGCCGCCCUCAACAACCUCUACAUCAUCUGGAUGGUGACGCCGCUGUCCAACGCCAACCAACCGGAGCAGGUGAUCAUUUACCAGGGUGGUCAGGUCUUCAGCCUCGCCAACCGCAUGAACGGACGCGUCGGUUUCGUCAGCACGAUGCCCAGCACCAGCGCCUCCAUCUUCAUCAACAACACACAGCUGGCGGACACUGGCACCUACCAGUGCCUGGUCAACAACCUGCCCGACCGCGGGGGGAGGAACAUCGGGGUCAUCGGCCUCACCGUUCUCGUUCCUCCGUCCUUGCCGGUGUGUCGUAUCCAAGGCCCACUGGAUGUUGGCAGUGAUAUAACGUUGCUGUGUGGUUCUGAGGAGGGCACCCCGACCCCGACCUACUCAUGGGAGAAGCUUGAUGCCAUGCCCAGACUUCCUCUCGGUGCCAUGCAAGAUCAGAUGCAGGGUACGGUGAGCCUGAGGAACAUCAGCGUGGGCAUGUCAGGGAUGUACCAGUGCACCGCCUCCAACGCCAUCGGUACCAGCACGUGCCAGAUCAACCUGCAGGUGGUGGCACCUCAGCCUCAGAGCGUGGGACUCAUCGCCGGGACGGUGGUCUCCGGGGUCCUCGCCGUGGUGAUUUUUACCCUGCUGGUGUUCGUCACGCUCUUCUACCUGAGGAAUAAAAACCGCUACGAGGACGAGGACAUCCCCAACGAGAUCAGAGAGGACGAUCUCCCCCCCAAGCGCUCGUCGUCGGUGAAGGCGUUCCAGGCCGACGCCUCGUCCUCGGAGAACGACACCCUCACGUCCACCAACACCUACAACAGCCGCUUCUGGCACAACGCCAAGGGCAGCUACGACGCCAACUCCUACACGCGGUACGACGGGCAGAGCAUGACGACCGGGGGCGUGACCUGCACCAGCGCCGGACAGACGGCGUCCUACGCCAACGGCGGGCACGGCCUCUCGGUGCCAAAAACUUUGGUGGUCACCACCAACUCGGUGCCGGUCGCGCCGACCGUCACCCGGAGCAACGGCUCGGUGAGCCGGCGGGCCACGCCCGGCACGCCGCCGCCCAACACCGUACACACGCUCGCGCCGACGCGUACGCACUCGUACGCCGUGAGCCAGGCGGCGCUGGAGCGCAUGGGCGCCGUGCCCGUCAUGGUGCCCGCCCAGAGCCGGGCCGGUUCCCUCGUCUGAUUGGUUGUUUUUUUUAUAAACACGGAACAUUUAUACGAGUUCAUGCCAACCGAUGCCAACUGAACUAUAGACGCUACUUUUCUACACUGGCAAUAAUUUUGGGUCACUGCUUUUUCUUUUUUUUUUCUUUUGAUAUGCAUGAGCAUCCCGCCCGAAUGUAUUUGCACAACGUUUGUACCCUCACGUCCACCACCCAGGAGCGCCGCGCCCCGCCCUGCCCCGCCCCACCCUGCCCCGCCCUGUCCGCCAAGGCCGAUUUAGCUUUGUUAUACGAAUAUACGCAAGAUAUCUAGAUCGUUAGCAAUAUAAAGUACAUCAGUGGACCUAAUACACACCACCCGCCCUUCCGAAAAUCCGCACGUGACCCUUUAAUAAUAACGUUGUUGUGGCAACAGUUUGGGGAAGGCCGCUGUGCUGCGUGUGCACAAAUCGAAGCCCGUAAAGACGCGGUUGGAUGAGUUCAGUGUAGGAAUAAAGCACCGGCGUUCUGCACAGAGCUUCAACUUCAACCCUAUUAAACAUGUUUGGGAUGAAUCGGAAUGACGACUGCCUGAUAACACAAGCACUACAUGGACACCUUCCACGAGCUUGUAGAAACCCUCACAGGAAAGCAGAAGGGUUGGAACGUGGUGAAAACAGCACGAGUUCGGUGUAGAAAUAAAGCACCGGCGCUCCGCAGAGCUUAAAACCCUAUUAAACAACUUUGGGAUAAAUUGGAAUGAUGACUGCCUGAUUACACACACACUACAUGGACACAAAUCCCUACAGGCACCUUCCACGAGCUUAUAGAAUCCCUGUUAAAGAAGCAGAAGGGUUAGAACGUGGUGUAAACAGCUCACGGAUGGAUGAGUUCGGUGCAGAAAUAGAGCACCAGUGUUCUACACAGAGCUUUAACCCUAUUAAACAUGUUUGGGAUGAAUCGGAAUGACGACUGCCUGAUUACACACACACUAAAUGGACACAAAUCCCUACAGGCACCUUCCACGAGCUUAUUGAAACCCUCCCAUAGAAGCAGAAGGGUUAGAACGUGGUGAAAACAGCUCACGGAUGGAUGAGUUCGGUGUAAAAAUAAAGCACCGGCGCUCGACACAGAGCUUCAACUUCAACCCUAAAGCCUGUUAAACAUGUCUGGGAUGAAUCGGAAUGACGACUGCCUGAUUGCACAAGCACUACAUGGACACAAAUCCCUACAGGCACCUUCCACGAGCUUAUUGAAACCCUCCCUGGAAAGCAGAAGGGUUAGAACGUGGUGUAAACAGCACACCAGCUCAGAUCCGUGCACCCAGCCUGCCGUGUUAUGUUUCAGGUUCGGUUUAAUUAAACGGCCUCCCCGGUCACCGGAUCUGAAUCCGGAUCUGAUUAGGCGUUCCGCGCGGCCGACGGGUCACGCGCCGCCGCCGUGCCGCCGUGUGGGAUCCACGCCCGUCUGAGACUGAAGGAGGUUCAACAGGGUUAAAUCAGACGGUUUUAAUUCCCUCUCAGUGGGAUCUGUCUGAGAAUCACGUCUAUAAAUAUAAAAUAAUAAUAAUAAUUUUCGAUGUUCUCGGUGCGGCUUUAUUUCUCUCACGUUCUCGAUCAUCGCUAAUCCGUUUUUAAUUUGAAACAGACGCCGGGCGCGAGGUCUCGACGUCGUUUCGUACUAUCGAUAACCGUAGCCUAGCCUACCUCCGAAUCAGUCCAUAAUAACACGACGUACGUACGGAUAGACGCUUUAAUAAAUAAUUCUGUGUUUUUUUAUAUUUAUCUAGAACUGAUAAUUAACUAAUAAGAAGCUAAUAAUGUAAAUCCCGACGAUGCUAGGUGCUACCGUACGUCGGAAAUGAACCUUUAUUGUGGUUUUUAAUCCCUCGAUUGCUGGUCGGCUGGUUUUUUACUGUAAAUCUUGUAAGUAAUUGUAGUAAAGGAGAACAAAUAAACUUUCUUUUACCUAAUAAA